AGCGGCUUGAUCCACGAUGUCACUUUCGCCAGCCACAUAGAAGAUACAACGGUCUUACAACCAGUACUCCUGCCCACCAAUGAGUCUAAAUAUAAACAGGCUAUGUGCCUUCCGGGGAUGGAGGGCAGAUAUGACAAGUUGUAUUGCAGUAAGAUUGCUCUUUGUGGUUAAUAUUGAUUGUGGCAUGUAGUUGCUGGUGGCACGCUAGGCAGGAGUUUGAUACUUUAAUGCUCCAGGUAUUGUUGUUGUGUGUGGCUGUGUGCUCUGUGUAUACAUGCUGGCCGCUGCCUAACUGUGAACUGCCCUUUUCUAUUGGAUGUGCCCUCGUGGAAUGUGUUUUUCCCCUUUUUAAUUUUCCUCAUGCAAAUUACUUUUUAACCACACAGGGGCGCUCCGACACUCGGAGCCCCGUGCGUCAGACCACCCCGAUACCCCAUUUAGAACGUGUGGUUAGAAUGUUCACACCUCACUAAUGAGGUGUGAAAACCGCAGACCGCAAGGGGAAACAAGCGGCGCACUGUCUUCAAUCCCAAUGUCGGGAAUCGUCCUAUCUGCUCCCAACAGAGCUAUAAUCACCCCCCUACCCAGGAGCUACGAGGUGAGGCUUGUGGCUGCCCAGGAAAUCUCUCAGGUGGAUACCAGUGUGGGGAAACCCACCGGAGAGGGGGACAGUGAAUCCCUGGGGCUGUGAGUCAGUUUCACAGCAGCAGGGCCCCGGUGGCCAUGUGGAAGUCUGUGCCAACCAAUGGGAGAAGGAGCGUCCAUUCAAACUGGGUAAAGUAGCCAGCGACCAAUCAGACCAGAAGCGCCCGUUCAAAUGUUCCUUCCUCCAGAUUGGGUGGCGAAACCCUUCUCUUCCCCGAGCACCGAUUGAUUCAACCGAGUUUCGCUUCCUUUCUUCAGAUUGGGUGGCGAAAUGCCUUCCUCUCCGAGUGCUGAUUGGCGCGAUUUGGUUCACGCCCUUUAAGCUGAUUGGUUGUUGCUUGGUUUGGGCGCGAAGUUUGAAUUCGCCGGACUAAAGCAAGCAACGCCAUGUAACUAAUUUCGGGGAUGUACAGAGCCUCUAGCCCCAGACUUUGGAUGCUGAUAUCUCAGACUCUGUACUUCCGAUCACCAUGCUUUUUGCAGGGAUCCCAGGUGGGACCCGGGGCUAUUUAUCAAUAUAAGUUUUAACCCUGUACUCCCUUCCUUUCCCAGGGUGCCAAGCCCCUGUAUGUAAUGUGUUUUCAUGUGUGUCCCUGCGUACUAUUGGUAUCUCCCAGAGUUGGAGAUGGUCAUCUGUAACCCAGCCUCCUCCUGCCUGGGAUUGUGUUGUAUAGAGACCCCCUGCGCGGGUCUCUGCAUAAAAAGCUGUGUGCCCAAAUAAAGAUUGUCAAACGUUGUACCCCUGGAACUGUUACUGGGGGAAAUGGGUUUCUUAAUAUAUUAAUAGCAGGGGGUAACCAGCCGGGUUACCCAGGUCCCGCUACAACUAUAACUACUACAUUUCCAAAUGAAAGUUAUGACUUUAAUCCUGGUGUCCAUUUCCUGCCCCUUCCUUUCUGGUCUCAAAGUCAGAAACUGCUGCUAGUAGCUCCCAUUAUUUAACCCCAGCAGAAAAGAGCCAACUCAUUGGUUGAUAGUUAAACCCGGCGAUGAAGAGCCAGUUCAUUGGCUGAUAGUUAAGCUCAGCUGAAAAGAGCCAGUUCAUUGGCUGAGAGUUAAGCCAGGUGCUGAAGUGCAGGUGUAACAGAUCGCCUAGCACCCCGACUGGGUACCUUCGUUGACGGAUGCUCCUGGUGCUUCCCGAGGGCUCCAAGCACUCCACUAGACACCAUAACCACCGCAGACCCCACAAACCACUGCAGCUUGGUUGAGGUCUCGCCGUCUUCAGCCCACUCAGGACCCAAGACCAGGAUCCAGCUUCCAGUAGGUAGACCUCUCUUAAUCCAGAGAGCAGGAACAGGAACAAGCUCUUACAAGAGCUUAGUGAUUAUACUCUGGGGAGUAUAGUGAUUAUAGCAAUCCCCAGAGUGAGCCAAAACUUCAUGAAGGGUGGGGGAAAAGGCUGCAUCUACACUGGAGAUUGCUAUACGCUGUAUACUCCCCUGGCUAUAAUCACUAAGCUCUUUUAAGAGCUGUUCCUGCUUAACUCUCUGAAGGAAGAGUUCACCCACUGGAACCUGGUGCCUUGUCAUAGGUCCAGGGUGGGAAGGAGACGGCGAGACCCCAACCAAGCUGCGGCGGUUCGUGGGGUCUGCAGUGCUUAUGGUAUCCGGUGCGGUGCUGAUGGUCCUUGGUAAGCACUAGGAGCAUCGAUUGACGGAGGGUUCUUAACAGCAGGCUCAUUGGCUAAUAGUUGAGCCCAGCAGUAAAGAGCCAGCUCAUUGGCUGAGAUUUAAGCCCAGGGGUGAAGAGCCAGCUAAUUGGCUGAGAGUUAAAACCAACGGUGAAGACUGGGUACAGACGGAGAAUGGUAUACCAACACUAUGCACGAUGUUAUUAUAUAGUAAUAGUGACUGGGUAUAGACGGAGGAUGGUAUACCCACGCUAUGCACCAUGUUAUUUUAUAGUAAUAGUAGACAGGGGAUGGUACACUUACGCUAUGUACCACGUUAUUAUAUAGUUACAUAGUUACAUAGCUGAAAAGAGACUUGCGUCCAUCAAGUUCAGCCUUCCUCACAUAUGUUUUUGCUCUUGAUCCAAAAGAAGGCAAAAAACCCAGUCUGAAGCGCUACCAAUUUUGCUACAAACUAGGAAAAAAAUCCUUCUUGACCCCAAAAUAGCAGUCAGAUAUCUCUUUGGAUCAAGCGGUUAUUACCCCACUGAAUAGAAAUUAUAUCCCUGUAAUGCAAGUAUUUAUCCAAUUGCAGUUUAAACAUCUGUAUAGACUCUGAUAAAACCACCUCUUCAGGCAGAGAAUUCCAUAUCCUUAUUGCUCUUACUGUAAAAAACCCUUUUCUUUGCCUUAGAUGAUAUCUCCUUUCUUCCAGCCUAAAUGUGUGAUCUCGUGUAUAGCCCUGUUUAUGAAUAGAUUUCCAGAUAAUGGUAUAUAUUCGGGGCCAGUACAAACCAUUAUCUGGAAAUCUAUUCAUAAACUGGGCUAUUCAUAAACAGGGCUAUACAUAGGACGGGGAAUGGUAUAUCCACGCUAUGCACCAUGUUAUUAUAUAGUAAUAUAGUAAUAGUAGAUGAGGGAUGGUAUACCCACACUAUGUACCAAGUUAUUAUAUAGUAAUAGUAGACAGGGGAUGGUAUACCCACGCUAUGUAGCACGUUAUUAUUUAGUAAUAGUAGACGGGGAUGGUAUACCCACACUUCAUACCACGUUAUUAUAUAGUAAUGGUAGGUGGAGAAUGGUAUAACCACACUAUGUGCCAUGUUAUUAUAUAGUAAUAGUAGACAGGGGAUGGUAUACCCACGCUUCAUACCACGUUAUUAUAUAGUAAUAAUAGAUGGAGGAUGGUAUACCCACACUAUGUACCAUGUUAUAAUAUAGUAAUAGUAGACAGGGGAUGGUAAACCCACGCAACGAAGAACGUUAUUAUAUAGUAAUAGUAGACGGAGGAUGGUAUACCCACACUAUGCACCACGUUAUUAUAUAGUAAUAGUAGAUAAAGGAUGGUAUACCCACGCUAUAUACCACGUUAUUAUUUAGUAAUAGCAGACGGAGAAUGGUAUAACCAUGCCACGUUAUUAUAUAGUAAUAGUAGAUGGAGGAUGGUAUACCCACGCUAUGCAUAAUGUUGUUAUAUAGUAAUAGUAGACGGAGGAUGGUAUAUCCACGCUAUGUACCACGUUAUUAUAUAGUAAUAAUAGAUGGAGGAUGCUAUACCCACACUAUUCACCAUGUUAUUAUAUAGUAAUAAUAGAUGGAGGAUGGUAUAACCACACUAUGUACCAUGUUAUAAUAUAGUAAUAGUAGACAGGGGAUGGUAUACCCACGCUAUGUAGCACGUUAUUAUAUAGUAAUUGUAGAUGGAGGAUUGUAUACCCACGCUAUGUACCACGUUAUUAUUUAGUAAUAGUAGACAGAGAAUGGUAUAACCACACUAUGUGCCACAUUAUUAUAUAGUAAUAGUAGAUGGAGGAUGGUAUACCCACGCUAUGCGUAAUGUUAUUAUAUAGUAAUAGUAGACGGAGGAUGGUAUACCCACGCUAUGUACCACGUUAUUAUAUAGUAAUAGUAGAUGGGAGAUAGUAUACCCACGCUAUGCACCACGUUAUUAUUUAGUAAUAGUAGAUGGGGAUAGUAUACCCACGCUAUUUACCACGUUAUUAUUUAGUAAUAGUAGACGGGAGAUGGUAUACCCAUGCUACGAACCACGAUAUUACAUAGUAGAUGGGGAUGUAUACCCAUGCUAUGCAUAAUGUUAUUAUAUAGUAAUAGUAGACGGAGGAUGGUAUACCCACGCUAUGUACCACGUUAUUAUAUAGUAAUAGUAGAUGGGAGAUGGUAUACCCACGCUAUGCACCACGUUAUUAUUUAGUAAUAGUAGACGGGAGAUGGUAUACCCACGCUAUACACCACGUUAUUAUUUAGUAAUAGUAGACGGGAGAUGUUAUACCCACGCUAUUAUUUAGUAAUAGUAGACGGGAGAUAGUAUACCCACGCUAUGCACCACGUUAUUAUUUAGUAAUAGUAGACGGUAGAUGUUAUACCCACGUCCUGGUAACCCGCACACCAUUUGGAUAAAUAUUUAUAUAACGGUACUGAGGUUUCCCUCAAGGAUAAAGGCAAUCACCCUUUAUCCCUGAAUUGGACGCCUCGGGAGGGUGUGAAAGCCGAGCGAGAGAUUAAGGGGUGACUGCGUGUUUGGUGGCAGUGGCCUAGUUUCUGUCCGUGGGAAGGAAGCAGUAACGCAUUGCUAACUGGUUCCAGUACACGAGUCUCUGGCCAGAGUUGCUCGGAAUGCUCCUGGCGGAUGGGAGGAUUAACCCUUUAGCAAGCAGGUCCCUAGUCCUGCAGUGGACGAGCAGGACAGCUGCAUGCUCCGGCCCGCCUCCUCCUCCCAAUGAGUUAACAACGCAGUGUGAUUACACAUUCAUGCUGACAUGCCUCCCCUCCCCCAGCCUGCCCUGUCUGUUCUCAGCUUUCACCCCCCUUGAUCCUCUCCCCCACCAUUUAGCUGCACUCUCUGUAUUCACAGGCAGCAGAUUCAGAGAGACACCGAGCGAGCGGCAGUGAAUGCCCAGUGCCCGGGCCCUGGACGGGGUAAAUAUACACUGCAGGGAUCCAAGGUUUCCCCCCAGCUGUGCCACUGCAGGGAGUUCCGUCAUGAAGAGGUGGCACAUUGGGGUGCCAGUAAAGGGGUCUGCGUGUGCCAGCGUGUGUAAACAUACAGGAAAUGCUCUGCGACCUCAAUGCUCUGCAUUGUCAGACCUGGGCAGGAAAUGAUCUGCAUGUGAGGAGGGUGGAGGAACAGCGCAGGGGGAGGCGUGCAGCUCAUGCUCAGCUGCCGCUUGUUUCUGUUUUGCUGCCAUUAUUUGUUGAGCUCGUGUCCUCACACGACCUCGCUGGCCGGGGACAGGCUGUAACUGGAGAGGGGCAGCUGGGGGGACGUGAAGACAGCACAGGGGGAUUCGCAGAGCCACAGCGCUGAGACCUGCAGAGCUUUGUGCUGCAGCGGGCUCUGCAUGCUAGACUGCUUGGAAUCUGGAUAAUUAUCAUUUUAUUAUUUAUAUAGCUCCAGCAAAUUCAGUAGCGCUGUACAAUGAAUGGCAUCUGUUUGAUGUCAGUGCCAGUCUAGCAACCACAUCCAACAUGGACGCAGCGUACUGGACCUGCGCACUUCUAAUCCUCACACUGGCCAAGCUGGGGAUUUGAAAUCAACUCAGCUAAGUUUGUCUCAAUGUCACAAGUCAACUCACCACAACUCCAGCAGAGCACGUAUUAUCUGAGUGUGGCAGGGAGCGAGAAUAGCACUUAAUAAAGUGCAGGCAUUUAUAAUCAAUGCAAGGCAGCCUCGUACACCUUCUAUGUAUAAAUUAUUACUGCCCUGCACGAUGCAUUCUUUAUAAAUAUGCCCAAAGGAUUAACCCCUGCCUUAAAGGGUUCCCAGUCCUGUGGGAUCUGAUGGCUUCCUGCGUGCAUGCAGCGGUAUAUCACUGGGCUGGACCAUUGGUCAAUCAAACUGUUAAUUAUUUAAUGAUAUGCAAAGUAUGGAAAUUCGGGGGAAAGUGAGCACUAACGAACACAGAGCGUUGGGCGGGAUGUGGAGGGCUUUUCAUUCUGUAAACGCAGUAGGCAUAGCCAAUCAAUUGGCACCACUCUGACACUCAAAGGGUUAAGAAGAAAUUGAGUUUAAUUUUUUAAUGGAAUCUGUACUUUAACAAAUCGCUGACAUUUGGCAAAAACUGAAUUAAAACAAAGGAAGGAUUGUUCCUGCAAUAUUAACAGACUAUAAUUAGAUCAUUAAUUGAAAUAAAGACUUGGUGGAAGAUGUCAAUAAAUGAAUACUGGCUGUGCUAUGGGUGAUGUCUUACCUGUACUGGCGUGGGAGCCAGUCUUGCCCUAGGUCACGGAAGGCUAUUCACGGGAGUGAAAAUUCACCAAAAUUUAAAGUGAUUUUCACAUUUUAGGCAACAGACAAUUCUCCAACUUGGUUCUGUUUAUUAGCUAAUUUGACCUAAAGAUUGAAACUUACUGAAUUCCUGACAAAUUGUAACAGUGAUAAUCGUGUAAAAACGUGUAAAACGUGUUUGGUUUAUAAAUCCUUUCUAAAUGACAGCAUUGUUACUUACUGCACACCUGCCAGGACACAGGCAGUGUGAAAUGCGCGAGUCUACCUGUGAAAUGGGCGAGUCUACCUGUGAAAUGGGCGAGUCAGUCUACCUGUGAAAUGGGCGAGUCUACCUGUGAAAUAGGCAUUUCCACCUGUGAAAUGGGCGUGUCAGUCUACCUGUGAAAAUGGGUGUAUCUGCUGGUUAAAGGGGUUUGGUCGGACUAUGAAAGGGUCCUGAUGCCCCUAAAGUAGGUGGCCAGACAGCCUCCCGAAGCAGACAAUGCACAGAGUUCAGCUGAAGCCCUCUUUGGACCCUGUCCUCUCCUGCGUCCUGCUGGACAGAUUUGAGAAUGUAGAACAGAUCCCCAAAAUGUGGGACUGCCCUGACAAUAUCAGGAUUGUUGGUACUGGUGCUGUCUGUCUAUGUCUAUUUAUACACAUUUAGGAAUAGAAUGUAAUUUUACACACAGGAUUCAUUGUCUCUUGGCAGCAGUUUAACCAGCACCGAUUCUCUGACAUUUUGUCAUUUUCCAUCCAAAUUAUUUAAAUUAUCUUUAUUGUCUGUUCUUAGUGUCCGGGACCCCAGCGUGGAGAAAGCGUUUUCCUGUGAAGGACAAUCCCCCCUCACAAAAUGUCAAGUGUGGGGAGAGCCCCUCGGAAAAACACCAGCGUCAAGAUGGCAGUUCAGGUAAGUGCUGAUGGUAAUAAUGAAUAGGUUCCAGCACUGGCGGGGUUAAUUUUGGUAAAUGACGGGAGGGGAGCCAGCAAUAUGACCACUGGAAGCUGGAGUUACCGGAUGGAGGACCACAGGAUGAAUUAUACAAUUUAAUAAAAUUUCAGUUUUUACUUUGAAUUCCUGACUAUUUCCACUUAUUAAAUAACCCUGAUUGCGGAAGACCACUUAGUCGCCCUCUUGUGGUCAGAUUUGGAUCUGGAAAUAAUAAAUGUAUCCUCAGGGCCUUACAUUAAACUUUAUCCAAGUCAACCAUAGCAGAUUUUUAUUCUUUUUAAUUCUUUAUUUUUGUUGUGCAUGAAAAGUACAACUUAGUGACAGUUAUGACAUAUUAUCAGUAAAAGUGAUCAGGUUUCAGUACAUACAUGACAAGCAAGCUGCACCAUUUUUAUAAUCGUAAUAAGAACAAGCCUAUAACAACAUGUCAGAUGACAGAAUGAAUAAUACCGAGGAGGCCCUGUGCUGGUUGCAUGGGGAGAAAGGCAAGUAAGUUCUAGGCUGGAGAUAACACAAUACGACUGAGACAAAAUGUGACAAUGAAGGGCCUAGAGUACUUCCUAAUGCAGUGCGACACUCAGACUAACCAACACCAACCAGGGGUAUCACAGAGUCCGGCAGCUGAGGGAUGAGAGUCAGGCUCCGAACUUCCAUGAGAACCGGUGAGCUGAGCCAGAUAAUAGAAUCGGGGAUUCCCCCGCUACCUCCCACUGGUAUAGCAGACGUUUUCUUCUCAGUUUUGCCUUCAGAUUUAGUCCUCGAUUUAAUAUUUUUGGAUAUGUUUUUCAAAUUAUUUAAUAUUGUGGGAUAAACCUUUUUAUCAAAUAUUUUGAUAUUUUUUUACAUGUGAAUAUAUUUUUUAUUUUUUUAUAUUUUGAAAAAAAACAAACAUUUGAAAAGCAUAUCCAGCGUAAUUAAAUCGAGGCCUUAUUUCUGAAAUUGGAAGUUUAGUAAAUAAACAUGAAAGGUCCUCCAGACUAUCAUACUCCAAUAAAUAUUCUCUGUUAAAAACCUUGCUUGGAGACUACAAACAGAUACUUAGAACAAUACAGCUCAACAAACCAAGGCUGUCACAUAUUUCUCCAUGGACAAUAUAUUGAGCAACCCAGGCAAAUGUUCCUCAGUAUUCAAUAUUUUAAUAAAAUAUCUGCAUUUACAUUAACAAGAAACUUCAAAUCUUAUUUGUAUUGGAUAAUCUAUCCAGAAAAAGUCUUCUUAAUGCAGGCACUUGCAUAACGCUGACCCAAAGAACUUGCAGUCAAGCAUCAAGACAACUGAUGUUCAGUCAUAAUGUGACAUCACUAAGAGGCAUGAAACGAGUAGGUCCUCCCUAUUCAUUCAGUGUAAAUUGAUGGGAGCAAUAAAUGUAUGGAAAUCGCAUUAUCUGACUGCUGAUCUUGAAAGAGCUCCACAAAUUAAUUUCAUUUACGAGCGCAUUCCAUUUAUCUAGAACUAUUUUUGUUUUUCAGGACACAGAAGAAUCAUCUCCACCAUCAAUAGUUCGAGUCACCAUACCGAAAGUGCCUCUCACCAGGAAAAGGUGCGUCUGUGCUAUUUCUUAUAAACCUGACCCUCUUUUUCUUUCCUCCCAAACCUGAGGGCUCCUCAAAUGACCGAGGACCAUUAACCUGUACUACAUCCUCGGUGGACUAAUAAUCAUUGUCUUUAACGAUCUUCAAUAGAUAUGUACAAGAUUCUGUUACUUAAGGACAGUGUGUAUACAACACCGGUUUCACCCCCUGUAAAUAUAGUUUAAGAUGAAUUCUCAUUUGAGCCAAGGACUCUAAUCUUUAAAAUGAAUCAUGUGUUUGAGUGAGUAAUCAUGUAUGGUUGCCACGUAGAUGAAGAGUAAGAGAAUGCAACCUCUGAUUGGCAAGAUAAGUAAUAUUCUCUCUUCACUAAUACAUUUAAUUUUAUAAGAGCAUUUUUGGAUGGUCCUUACUGCCGAAGCUUGGUUGUUACUCUUAGCCCCGUAUCAUGGACACUGAGCUGGAUGACUUGUUGAUUGUAACUCACAGCCCAAACCAUAGAGGUGACUAGACAUGAUGGCUCCUGAAGUCUGACAGUUCCACUGCAUGGCUUCUCUAUCUUACUUUAUGUUGGGACAGUACAUUGUGCAUUCAGAUCGACCUGCUCUCUGUGGUACAGUCACCAGUUUUUUCCAUAGAGAGCAGGAAGAAGAGAAAGCGAGUGUAUGUUCAGUAAAAGGGACAUUAAUGUGGAAUGUGACAUUAGUCGCUGCUUGGUGGCAUACAUGCAGAUAUUAAUCUCAUUUUAUGAAACAUUGGCUGCUUGUUUUAGCAGAAGUCUUUAAUAAAGACAUGAUCAAUGAGCAGGGGAUCAAUGCAAAAGAUUGGAGGAAAGGGUAUUAAAUAUAUAAUCAAGUGUAGUUUGUUUCUUAUCACCAACCAGGAUCUGAUCACAAAUCAAUACUUGUCUUUUAUUUCCAGUAAACAAAAAGAACCAUUAGCCCUCAUCAGGAGAAAGAUGCUGGCAAAGAACCAGGUAACUGAUGGUCUGCCAUUUUAUUCUGUAGCCUUCACUGUCACUUACAUUCCACUCUGUUACCCACACAUUCUACUCUGUGUCCCUCACUUUCUACUCUGUGACCCUCACAUUCCACUCUGUCCUUCAAAUUUACUUGGUGACCUUAAUAGCCUUCACAAUCCAAUUUGUGGCCUUCAGUAUCCCUCACACUCUACUCUGUGGCUUUCACUGUCCCUCACAGUUCACACUGUGGCCCUCACAUUCUUUGUCCCUCAAAUUCUACUCGUGACUCUCAUACCUCUGACAUUCUGAUUUGAGGCCCUCACUGCCGCUCACAUUCUACUCUGUCCCUCAAAUUCUACUAGUUGACCUUAAUAUCUCUCACAUUCUGAUAUUCUGAUAUUUGGCCCUCGCUGCCCUUCACAUUUCACUCUGUGACGUUCAUUAUCUCCCACAUUCUACUCUACCGAACUCACAAUCCCUUAUGUUCUAUUCUGUGUCACUCACUAUCCUUCACAUUCUAGUGUGCGGCCCUCAGUAUCUCCCACAUUCUACUCUGUGGUUCUUGAUGUAGCUCCUUGUUUUGUGUCUUUUAUAUUAUUUUAUAAUUGGAUAUCAAGUUGCACUCUUACUAAAGUCCAACCCAGCCUUUAUAAUCCAGUGUUAGAAAAUAUGUAUUUUGUAAGAAGAUAUUCUAGCCUCUUGUUCAGACUUUAUUCCUUUAUACAACCAUUUUUACUGUAUAACUCCUAAUACAAGGCAUGACUGCUUUUCUACAAGAUAUUUCUGCCAAUAAGUUUCUGUCUCAUUGUAUUGUAGGAAAUCCAGGAGAUCAAAAUUCUGGGCUAUGGAGAUGACUCAUUCCAGGUAUGUGACAGCCCACCACAAGUCCACUCAAACAUGAAGCAAGAGACCCUUCAGGAUGACGAGCUCUGCACAAGGUUUCCAGACAAUGAAGUGUCAACACAGACUUCACCAGUUUAUUGUUUUGACACCUUGGAUGAAGUGGUUGAGUUUCUAAACAACUGCAGCAAACAGGAAGACCGAAGCCCCCAAGCCAUGUCCUUACCUGAAGACUCCAUUGAUGAGCCAGGAUUAGGGGAUGAGACAUUGUCGAAUGAUGAUAACAUACGUACAUUGAAGUUGGAGAUUGAAGAAGAUGAUGAUGAUGACAAUCAGCCAAUAGUUUCUCCCAAUCCACCAAUACGCUAUGCCCCCUCCAGUCCUCCCUGUUUUCCGGUGGUCAAACGUCGACGGAAGCAGAGAUUUCAUUGUGACUGGCAGGGCCCAGUGACAAUCAUUAGUUCACCUAAUGUUCCAGUCAAAGCCAUAGAGCUGAGAGUGGAUGAGGACCUAGCUAUGUCUAUUCGACGACAGGUAGAUGUCAACAACCCAGGGCCAUUCGGCUGGCAGUUGGCCAAACUAUUAUUCACAGAGGAAGAACUUUAUGGACACAACUUCAAUGGCACAGAUCAAAAGUUGCCCCUCAGUCCAAGGCGGGUACAUGCCAUUCAGCAUGCCUUCCACGACUACUUCCCAAAAGACAUUGCAGAUGAAGCUCUAGCAAAAGGUCGAACCGCCAUUAACCAAGGCAUAAGGAACAUGUUUUAUGUUCGGAACCGCAGAGAUGGAGAUUAUCCCUAGGUCAACCUAUUAAAAAAAAAACAAUAUAUGCGAUGCCAGAUUAUUUUCCUUGCCAAUGGUACAUAUCAGUACAAUAGUCACCUUAAUACAAAACGACUCCUGUUUUCAGAGGAGCAAAAAUAUGAAUUACCGCUACACCAUACAGUGAAUAAAUUGUGUUGAUCUACGAGUUAACUGGGCAAGAAAAACUUUAUUCCACCCAAGCCAAAUCUUGCCAUGUGGUGAAGGAGCUUGCAAUACAAACCAGUCAUAUCUGGGAUAGCAUCAUGGAGAGCAAACAUCUAUUAUUUUAUUAGAAAAAUUAUAUUGUUGCAACAAUAUUUACAAAAUACAUGGAAUUUUAAUGAAAUGGUAAGACCUAGACAUUGACUAACUGCCUUCCGAGUUUUCUUCUCACAAUGAGUGCUUAGUCAUAGGCUCAAUACUGACUGCAGUGUAUAACCAAUAAUUCCAGCUGUGACAAAUUGCUUAUAAUUCCAGAUAUACACUGCCAUCUCAGAUCCAUCACCAUGGAAAGUGAAUCCAUCAGGCAUGACAGAUUAAAGAAAGUAUUCAAAUUAUUCCUGCCACAACAUCAAUUGGGCUGAUGAACGGAAACACAGAGAGAUCAUAUUCCAGAUGUGUUUGGGGAUUUAUUUCAAUGUAUUUUGUUAUUAUUUUGCAUCAGUAACUUUGGGAAGGCUGUUUUUCUAAUAAAUGAAAAUAUAUUUUAACCAUUUUUCCAUUUGUCCUGUUGACUGCACAGCCAGCUUUUCUAAGAACGGCCAGAUAAAUCGGCUGCAUUUUAGGCAGAGCAC